UUCCGGUUUUUCCAGUCAGCUCCUCCUGGUUUUAAAGCCCAUCAGGUCUGAAUCCUCCUCAGUCUCACUUCAGCAGCCGAUCCGAAGUAAUGGCCUCAAACACAGCCAUGAUGGGCCACCUGCCCAGCGGCGUGGGGAUAUGCACCACCAUCCCGGACAUCCUCUACGUGCCAGAACUGAUCUUCGGCGGUCUGGUUUGGAUCCUGGUGGCCUGCACCUACGUGGUGCCGCACAACCCUCAGGGCUGGGUCAUGUUUGUCUCUCUCUUCUGCUUCAUCAUGACCUUCGUCUGGUUGGUGGUGUUCGCCUGCGGGAGUCACCGCAACUCCAGCGGCUGGGCGGCUGCAGACUUCAUCUAUCAUGGCAUUGCCGCCUUCUUCUACCUCAGUGCCUCAGUAGCCUUGGCUAAAGUGACCAUGGACAUGAAAACAGACCCACCCAGUCUAAACUACAAGCUGGAUAUCUCUGCAGUUGUUUUCUCAUAUACAGCAACUCUCCUUUACUUCGUCCACACGAUAUUGUCUGCCAUUCGAUGGAAAUCUUUCUAGAACCUGAAAGCCUCAUGAGAUCCGCAAGAACAAAACAGACAUUUUAUUGCAGUACGUAAAGCUGUGGCCUGCUGACAGGAUGGAGGUCAUAGAGAUCUCCUUCCUACUGGGUUUUAGUUUCUGAGAAAGCUUUGAAUCAACAUCCGGUUUAUCAUAAAAUGUCAGCUUUGAGAAACCGGAGAGCAAUGUGGCCCCAUAGAUGACCCUAAUGGUUCAUCAGCAGAUCGACAGAACUUUUAAACAAGUGACAAACCCUGGCAGCAUUAUUGUAACCCAUGUUUUUAAAUUUUCCUGCUAUUAAAAUCUUUUUUUUUUUUUACUAUACUAAGAAAAGAUAAUCACCUUGUUUAAUAAAUCUGAGCUCCUAAGUUGGUUAAAUCUAGAGCCUAAUAUUUACCAGUUACUGCUGUUUAUUACCUCCUAUUAUGACAACUUUUUAAAGUCUAUAUGAAUUUAAACAUAUCACUUUGACGACUGUCCACAACAAAGGUUUUUUUUUUUAUGUAUUUUUAUAUUUUUUCUGUCAUAAUAGUUUUAAAUAUAGCAUUAAAUCUGAUGUAAAAUUCGGUAUGCAUUAAAAAGUAUACAAAUGGGGAUUUUGAAUCAGUUUUUGUAAUUUUAUUUGUUCUAAAUGUUAAAAUUGUGAAUCUCAUUUAAAAUAAAAAC